GCAUGCAUCUGUGGGUUACUGGCCACGUGUUUGUGGACUUUGAGGCAAAAUUUUUGUUUCGGUUCCUGGGGUAAAUUUUCCAUUCAACGUUUUCCUCUACUGUUUAUUUUAUUUUAUAUUUUAUUUUAUUUUAAUUGCAAACCUCUGAAUAGAAAAAAGGGCAGUGCAACACCUUUGAACGGACCGAGGCAGGCAUCAAACAGCAGAUGGAUCCGGUGGCCAACAGCUGCGUGAGGAAUCCCCAGCCCCCAGCCCCACUCUGGGGCUGCCUUCGAAACCCCCACUCGGAAGGUAGCAGCGCCUCGGGGCUGUCCCAUUAUCCACCAACCCCGUUUUCCUUCCACCAAAAAUCAGAUUUCCCAGCUACGGCAGCGUACCCCGACUUCUCUGCUUCCUGCCUGGCAGCCACGCCACACAGCCUGCCCCGGGCCGAGCGCAUCUUCAAUGAGCAACAUCCUGCCUUUCCACAGACCCCUGACUGGCACUUCCCCAUCUCCGAAACCGGGCAGAGGCGCAACCCAGGCCCAGCCGGGAGCGCCAGAGAGAUGGGGGCCGGCAGCCCAGGCCUGGUAGAUGGAACAGGAGGAUCCAGAGAAGACUACAUGGUACUUGGGAGCAUUGCCAGUGAAACGGAGAAGAAAUCAUCCAGAAGGAAAAAAGAGAGGUCAGACCACCCGGAGAACGGAGGGGGAAAGCCGGAAGGCGGCAGCAAGGCCCGGAAGGAGAGGACGGCCUUCACCAAGGAGCAGCUGCGGGAGCUGGAGGCGGAGUUCGCCCACCAUAACUACCUGACCCGGCUGCGCAGAUACGAGAUCGCGGUCAACCUGGACCUCUCAGAGCGGCAGGUCAAGGUGUGGUUCCAGAAUCGGAGAAUGAAGUGGAAACGAGUGAAGGGGGGCCAGCCCGCAUCCCCACAAGAGCAGGACCCAGAGGAUGGGGACUCGGCUGCUUCUCCAAGUUCAGAAUGAGAUGUCCCAAAGGCCAAGACAGACUGAACCCCUCUCCUACUCCUCCCUCCUCCCCCUCCCCCUCUCCUGGACCCACCCAGGGCAGGCUCUGCACACGGUGUGUGUUGACUCUCAGACGAGAAGUUUGCCCGGUAUAUGGGAGCCUUGAGUUUUCCAGCAUCACCCAUUUCAGCAGCCCCUCCCCCAGGGCGUCAGCUCCCCACGCUCUUCCUGAACUCCACAGCACCUACUGGACCGGGAGACUCUAGAGACCCAGGACACUCUUUUCCGGGUCUCUUAGCUGCUACCCAUACCUCCUGCCACCCGACUCCUACAUCAAGGUCUCCUCUGGGUCUGGCCCCCAUUUGGCCUGUGCAGAAUCUCUUCCUUGGUACCACAGCUGGUGACUUGUGAAAUCGAAACCCUCUCCAGGCAUUCACACCAUUGACUUGAAGACUAGAAAGUGGCUUUUGGAUCUGAGGGUGGAGCGGAAAGCACAAGAGCUGAUGGAUGAGGACCUAGACUUGUGGACCCCUGGAACAGAAGGUUCUCCGGCUGCAGCAUCCUCUGCUCUUCAAGGACGCUGACUGCAAAUGAGGGCAGGAAAAAUCUUCCUCCCUGGAUGCAUUUUGGCCCAUCCUGUGUGUUCCCCAGCAGCUGUUCUGCGGGAGGAACUCCCAGGUUCACACACACUCGGCUUCUAAGGAUGAUUGCUGUGAGGAUUGGUGGACAGACAGCUCUGGGCAGCAGCAGCCUUGAAAGAGAGCCCUGUGCGCCUCAGAAUUAGAUGCUGCGUCUCCCCGUCCCUGCUGACGUUGAAGAGGAGGUCAGCAAGCAUUUGAAUCUCUUGCGUGUAGACUUGGUCUUGGGUGUUUAAAAAUAACCCCAGUUCCCCAUCCCACCCCAUGAAGACAAAAGGCUGUGGAAAGUGAUUCUCAAAGGAGAUGGCAAGUUAGAGCACGUAUCAUUUUCCCCUAAAGCAUACUUCAUAUGUUGUUUUUUUUUCCCCCUAAGAUUACAUCAAGCUGGUUGUGCAAGGUCUGUUCAGAAAAAUAAAACAACAGCAACAACAAAA